AUGGAUCUGUUUUCAUGGCUCUACUCUCUCAUCAUUCUCUUUUUUUUCUUCUUUGUUACUUCUUUGUCUUCUCCUUCUCCACCUCCAUUGUGCCAUCCCCAUGAAAGCUCUGCGUUGCUCAACUUCAGAAAUUCUUUCACCUUCUAUAACAAUACAUGGUUCUGUAUGGAGGAAUAUGGGAUUAAUAAUCCUAAUAAUACAAUUUCAUGGAACAAAAACAUGGACUGCUGCAGAUGGAGUGGAGUCACAUGUGAUGAGGUCACAGCUCAUGUCAUCCGUCUUGACCUUACAUGCAGUGGCCUUCAAGGCAUUCUUCACUCCAACAACUCUCUUUUCUCUCUUGCUCAUCUCCAAUCUCUUAUUCUCUCUUAUAAUUAUUUCACUGGCCAAGUUCCUCUCGAAUUGUCUCACUUUUCCAACUUGGUUACACUUGACUUGAGAAGGAAUUAUGAUUUGAAACUAGAGACAUCUAGCUGGAAAAGAACUCUAGCAAACCUAACAAAUCUCAGAGAAUUGUUUCUUAGAUAUGUUGAUAUGUCUUCUACUUCACCUGAUUCAUUUAUGAAUCUGUCAACUUCUUUGACAUCUCUUGAUCUUAGUAACAGUGAUUUGCAGGGGAAACUUCCAGAAAAUGUUCUCAGUUUGCCAAACCUUCAACAACUUGAUUUGAGUUACAACCCAAAUCUCAAUGGUUCUUUUCUACAAUAUAAUUGGAGCAGCCCACUUAAAGUAUUGAAUCUUUCUGAAUCUGGAGUCGUGAUAGAUCUACCUCAUCUUUGUAGAAAGUUUAAGUAUUUACAUAUUUUGUCUCUAAGGAGUUACAAUUUCUUAAAACUUUCUCCCACGUUGCUUGACAACUGCACACAAAUCACUUCCUUAGACCUUUAUUCUUAUUAUUAUAUUGGUGGUUAUAUCCCAUGGUCAUCCAUUUUAAAUCUACAACAACUAACCUAUUUGGAUCUUUCAGGGAAUAAUUUCAUAGGCCCAAUUCCAGAAAUUUGUAGCAACUCAACAAAAAAUUCAUUUUCGUGUGUCUCUUCAAAACAUCAAUUAGUGGGUUCUCCUCCAUUGAAUUUAAAAUCUCUAUAUUUAUAUGAAAAUGAGCUUAAUGGGACAAUACCAUCUUGGUUAUAUUCCCUUCCAUCUUUACAAUAUUUAGAUCUAGGUUCCAACAAAUUCAGUGGUAGCAUUCAGGAAUUCCAACAUAAUUCUUUGGAGCAUCUUUCUUUAUCUUCAAAUAAAUUACAAGGCUCUUUCCCAAGAUCAAUUUUUCAGCAAGUCAAUCUCACGGAUUUGUAUAUUUCCUCAAAUAACUUGAGUGACGUCUUGCAGUUUGACCAGUUUUCAAAGUUAAAAAAGCUCCAAACUCUUUCUCUUUCUAAUAAUAGCUUAUCACUGGUAUCUAACAGUAAGAAUAAAGAUACUUUGCCCAAUACUCUUUCUUAUUUAUUUUUGUCUUCAUGUGGUAUAAGUGAGUUCCCGUACUCCUUAAGAAGCUUAGAAAACUUAAUAUACUUGGAUCUCUCCAACAAUCAAAUUGAAGGCAGUGUUCCCCAAUGGCUGUGGAAUGUGGGUAAGUAUUCAUUGUUUUCUCUAGAUAUUUCUCACAACUCUUUAACGCAAAUAGAUCAUAUUCCAUGGAAGAAUCUAGCAAUCAUUAACCUCGGCUCCAACCGACUUCAAGGUCAUCUUCCAAUCCCACCACCUUAUACAUCUUUUUUUUCAAUCUCAAACAAUACAUUGGAUGGGGAAAUAUCACAUUUGAUUUGCAAUCUCAGUGGGCUUCAACUCCUUGAUUUGUCAAAUAACAAUUUGAGUGGGAACAUUCCUCCAUGCUUAGGAAAUUCAAGUCUCUUUGUGCUAGAUUUGCACAAGAAUAAGCUUCAUGGCAUCAUUCCUUCACAUUUUCCAAAGGGAAACCACCUACAGGUUUUGAAUCUCAACGAAAAUCAAUUGGAAGGGUCCUUACCAAAGUCUUUGCUCAAUUGUAAAUGGUUGGAAUUUUUGGAUAUUGGAAACAACAAGAUAAAUGGAUCAUUUCCUUGGUGGUUGGAAUCUUUUUCGUAUCUCCAAGUUCUUAUCUUGAGAUCUAAUAGAUUUCAAGGUCCAAUAGGCAAUCCCAAGGUGAGACAUCCCUUUCACAAUUUGAGAAUUAUGGAUCUCUCUGGCAAUGAAUUCACUGGUCAUUUGCCGCAAAAGUAUUUUAAGAAUUUUUUGGGAAUGAUGAAUGCUACUUCACAUUACUUGAGCUACAUGCAAGCAAAUUUACCUGGUGGUAACUAUUACGAAAUCAGUUCGUUGACAAUAAAGGGAUAUUAUGCUGAGUUGGAGAAAAUCCAAACCAUGCUUAUAGUCAUUGACUUCUCAAGAAAUAACUUCACAGGAGAGAUCCCAGAAUUACUUGGUAAGCUCAACUCACUCAAAGGGCUCAAUUUUUCACAUAACAAGAUCUCUGAUAGUAUUCCACCAUCUUUGGGAAAUUUGACCAAUCUAGAAUGGUUAGAUCUCUCCUCAAACAAGCUUGUGGGGAAGAUUCCAUCGCAAUUGGCAGCAAAUCUAAAUCAACUCCAAUUUUUAAAUCUUUCUGUGAACGAAUUGGAUGGGCUUAUACCUCGCAGUCGACAAUUUGAUACAUUCACAAAUGAUUCAUACAAAAAGAAUUUGGGCUUAUGUGGGUUUCCAAUUUCAGAAUCAUGCAACGAGACCACCACACACCAAUUUCAGCAAGAAGACGAUGAGGAACAUGUGAAUGGAUUUGAUUGGAAAAUUGUGUUAAUGGGAUUUGGAAGUGGAAUGGUUAUUGGAAUUUCGAUGGGAUACAUGUUCCUUUCAGAUAAAAUCAUUGAUGGGCUUGUCAAAACAGUGAAAGGAGAAUAA